AUCGAAAUCUGAUAAGACUUGCUCACCGAAUUUAAUAAAUAUCGGAGAAAAACGCUAAAAUACCUUCGGUCUUCAUUUCUCACACGAAGAAAUCUACAUAAUUGCCGCAUUUUUAAAAAUAUAUAUAGUUUCAAUGGAAUCUUUUGGUAACAUGAAGAAUUCUAAUGACGAAUCUGGAUCGUCGAUCCUGCCGCCCAUACGAUCUGCGGAACGUCGAACCUUUGAUAAAAAAAUCGAUUCCGUUGAGGUAUUGACCCCCCUGAUUGAUGAAUUUUCAUUUCAUGAAAGUGUGAAACGAAACGACGGUAGAUUUAAUCAAGACUCUACAUUGAAGAAACGCGAUGUUGAUGAAAUGACAUUCAAGAAAUUCGAAGCCUCUCUACAUGAAUACCUUAAGAAGCAAGCACAGUUUUUAUUUUCAAAUAAACAGUUGCCGACGAAACCUACGGAAAUUGAUAUGCAAUUGGCUUCUGUAGCAGAGCGUAUUGAAUUAAGUAAAUAUUUAUUGAAGAAAACCAAGGCUCGCGUCGAUGAUCGUUCGCAAAAAUAUAGCCAAUGA